AUGGGGCUCCGACCGGAUGAUUUUAUCAAAUGUACUUUAUUCACUGAUAUAAGUGAUAGUAUAGUAAAUUAUAUAAAAGAAGGAAAUAUCAUCAGAUUACAUCGUAUUGAAGUGCGAAACAAAUUAGAUGGUUCAUGUGUAGGGAAUGAACCAUGUUUUUUGCAAGGACGCUUGAAUUCUUUUGGUUUAUCUGCUUUAAUUUAUGGUGAGAAAAGUGGUGACGGUUAUAAAGUAUUGUAUAGUUCAUCAAAUAAUUAUACAACUGAUAAAAAUUAUCAAAAAAUCGUGGAAAAUUUAUAUGCGAGCUGGGAAGCUUAUAAAAACAAAAUGCAUAAGGAAAUUGACCAGGAAAAUUUGAACGAAUGCAGAAUAAGGGGUCGUUCGAAUUUCGUUGUCGAUCAGUUGCCGGCUGGCGUUUUAAUGCAUUUGGCUCGCUUCGAACAAUUUAAACGAUUCUCUUAUCAUAAUAUCGUUGUUCAAGUAAUAUCGAUUUUCAUAUCUGAUCGUGGUAAUGUAGUUUUGCGGUGUUGGGAUACAACGAAAAUACAUGGAAAACCUUUUCAAUUUACUGGUGAAUCGAUAUCAAAAAUUAUUUUUACUGAUGAAGCACUGGAAAAGUUGUCGGAAGGGCGUAAUUAUGAUGUGAUUUUAUAUGGAGAAUAUGGAACUCUUGCCAUUCAGAUUUUACUGAGUGGAGAUGUUAUAGUGAUGAAAAAUCUGCAUUAUUAUAUUUCUUCUAUGUCGUCUUCGCUGGUUAUACAUGAUGGACGUGGGAAUUUCGAUAGGGGAUUUUCAGUGCUAUCUGACCAUUCAGAAUUUAAAAAAUCCAUCGUGAAUGCAGUGGAAAAUAUUAUCAAGAAUCAGCUAAACACAAACGAAGGACCAAGUGAAAUAUCUACAGAAUCUCAUGAAGUUAUAGAAUCUCAUGAAGUUUCAGAAUCUCAUGAAAUCACCAUCUCAGAAACUCAAGAACCAUUUCCUACCAUUUCAAAGUUGCUUAUAACUGCUAAUGAAGGUAGUCAUGAAUUUCGACAUCGUUUGAUUGAGCUUUUUCAAUUCCAUGCCAUCAUUUUCGCAAUUAAUACAUUUGAUUAUUUUUCAAAUAAUAGUGUUAAUCAGAUUAUUUCAACUAGGAUUAGAUAUUUGGUUCGACUUCUCCUUAAACGUUUCUAUAAAUUCAUUUAUUCAGAUGGAGAACAGCAAUGUUUGGUACUCAAAUGUUUUUUCCCGUUCUCUUCAAAGAAAUUUUUUGAUGUACGAUUACCUCAAAAUCCUGCGGAAGCCGCAAUGCUUUGGAAGCGUGGAAUUGACAGCAGACAAAAAUCAGCAAAAUCGGAAGAAAUCAAGGUACUCUUUGUUUGA